AUUUUGAUAAUGCUAUCAAUCGAGAAAACUUGAAUUUGAAACUUGGAUCUCGAAAAGCAAUCUUUUAUUUUCUGUUAUAAUUUUAAAAAAUUAGUAAAAACUUAUUGCUCGCACUUGAUAUUAAUAAUGGGCAUUCACUGGCUUCCUGAUCCACCAGUUGGAUCUUCACUAUCCGAUGAAAUAUCCGCUCCUUCGGUAAUAAUCGUGGAUUCCGAUAAUGAUGAUGGAAUUGACAUUGCAGAAAAUGAUAUCGAAGCUAUAGCUAAUGUCAACGAAUAUCGUUUGCUCACCGACGGUGACAAUCUGACCGAUGGAGAAGGUGCAGAAUACUCAGACGAUGGCGAAAAUGAAAAUGUACUCCAAACUACCGAUGAUACGCUUCCAACAGAUUACUCUAGUGAUGAACAACCCACCGAAGAAAUCCCAACAAAAAGUAAUUCCGAAGAACCUAGAGAUAUUGCUAUAGAUUGUGAUAAAGUACGAGCUGCGAUGGCAAAUAUCACGUUACCAGCUUCAGCUACUCCAUCGUGGGCUGCUUCUAUUCCAGAUUCUGAAUGGGGUUCUUAUCUGCAAACUCGUAUUCGUUCUUUGCAAGAGCAAAGCAGCAAGUCACCAAGUUCACAGUGAAAAGUAUAACUUUCGCAACUGCUCCGGAGGUGUUGCGAUUUAUUUCGAUUGUGACGUCUUCGUCAGAGCAACUUUUGUUGGCCGAAAACGUAACUGCACAACAGUUGUGAUCAAAAGGAACACAUAUUGUUGUCUUUUUUUGUCAAUCAGCUAGCUAGAGAUAUGAGGACUCAUAUUUAAGCGAAUUGGCUGUAAUGGUUCCUUGCAUUUUUUUAUUUUCUCAUUUUAAAGCAUGAGAUUAUAAGUUUGGAGUUACUUAUAUAAUUUGCGGUAAAUGUCGGCUCGAUGAUAUCAAUUAAUGGAGAACAUCGUAUAAAGUACUCGAGAUAUAUUAAAUAAAAUAGUGCGAGUGAAAUUUAUACCUAUCGCUUUUCUAUCUUAUCAUUUUGUUAAAUAUUCAAAGUUAUCGUAUUUGUUUGUUUAUUGCUAUUUACUUACUUAUUUUUUUAUUAGGCAUACGGUAAUCGAUUGUGAAAAAUUGAAUUUACCUUCUCAAUAAAUCGUCUUUUUUAAUUA